GCUCCGGCUGCGCCCGCGGCUCCGGCUCCCCCGGCCGCUGCCCAUGCCCCGGCCGCUGCCCGCGCCGGGCAGGCCGCGAGGGGCCCAGCCUCGCACAGGGUGCUGCAUUGCUGGAGACCACGUCUAGCUCACCCAGCCUCCUAGACAACGUGCUCAAUGCUUUGAGACUGGAAGGACCUUGCUCUGCAAUGAAGAUGGAGGCAGUAGGAAAAGCAGAAGAACUUGUUGAUUCAGAAAUUCCACCAAAGAGUUCUGAAAAGCAAGAGACUGCUCCUGAUGAAGACAGGCCUAUAGAACUUGAGACACAGCCUCAGAAGGACAGUGCGCCCACUGCAGCAGACUCUGCAGUGCUCUCUUCCAUGCCUUGCUUGCUGAUGGAACUGAGGCGGGACUCCUCGGAGUCUCAGCUGGCAUCUACGGAGAGCGACAAGCCAGCGGGCGGCCGAGUUUAUGAGAGUGACUCUUCUAACCACUGCAUGCUUUCGCCUUCCUCCAGCGGGCACUUGGCCGAUUCAGACACGUUGUCUUCCGCGGAGGAGAACGAGCCCUGCCCAGCUGAAGCCGCCGCGGAGGGAGAUCCUUCUGCAGUGUCCGGAGCUGCGGUCGGGAGGAAAUCCAGGAGAUCCAGGUCCGAAAGUGAGACUUCAACAAUGGCUGCCAAGAAAAACCGACAGUCUAGCGAUAAGCAGAACGGCCGAGUUCCCAAGGUGAAGGGUCACCGGAGCCAAAAGCACAAAGAGAGGAUCCGGCUGCUGAGGCAGAAGCGGGAGGCGGCUGCUCGCAAGAAGUACAACCUGCUGCAGGACAGCAGUACCAGCGACAGUGACCUGACCUGUGACUCCAGCACGAGCUCGUCAGACGACGACGAAGAGGUUUCAGGGAGCAGCAAGACAAUCACUGCAGAGAUACCAGAUGGACCUCCUGUGGUGGCUCACUAUGAUAUAUCAGACACAAACUCAGACCCAGAAGUGGUAAAUGUGGACAAUCUGUUGGCGGCUGCAGUAGUUCAAGAGCACAAUAAUUCUUUGGGAAACCAAGACUCAGGAUCUGCCUGGAGAACCAGAGGGCUGCUGAAUGAAAUGAGUGCUGAUACAGGUCGUUUGGAUCCAGGCUUCCUUGCAGGUGACAAAACCUCUUGUGGCAAUGCCCAGGCCAAUGAAGAAAUUAACAUUGCCUCUUCUGAUAGCGAAGUGGAGAUUGUUGGAGUUCAGGAACAUGCCAGGUGUGUGCAUCCCAGGGGAGGGGUGAUCCAGAGCGUGGCCUCCUGGAAGCGCGGCUCGCCCUUCGGCAGCGCCCAGCCCGCGCAGCCAUGGACAGCAGUGGCUCCCCAGCAGAACUGGUCCUCGCCCCCAGAAGUGGUGGAUCUGACUCUGGACGAGGACACCAGGCGCAAAUACCUCCUGUAAGGCCGUGUCACUGUGCUCUGCCCCCUCCCUCCCGCCCUCCCUGGCACAGAGCGGUGACACCAUCACCUCCAGAGCCCCGUCCUUGGCACCAAGAGCCCAAACCCACGGCGUUUCGCCACCUCCACACAGGAAUGUAGUCUGAUUUCAGUGUCACCUCAAAGGGUUUUGCCUUCUCCAAGGAGGAUUCCUGCCCAGAAUUAACAGCACCAAAUUUAAAACACAUCUGCAGUUACUAACGUGUGCGUGUACACCUAACGAAAUAACUGCGUGCAAACUUACGUCCUGCCACGCUCCCCACCUCCCGACUCCAGGACUUUUUUAAUUUAUCAGUAUCUUGAGUUUGUUAGUAGAAGUUAGUGUGUUGCUGUGUGAGCAUCAGUGAUUUUGAGAAAUGCUGUGUCCUCACUGAUUUCAGUGGAACUGGGGGUAUUCAACACUUCCAAAAUUUGGGCCAGGAGUAUUUUUACCCAAACUGAUUUGGUUAUGUUACCAGCAGGAGGGAUUGUCUUUAAUGCAAAUGGCCCAUAAAAAUGCACUGAACAGCUUUUAAUUAAAACAUUUUUUAUUUUCAAUGUAAUUUAUAGUUUAUACUCUUCAGUGCUGAGUCUUCUGUCCACUUGACUACUGUGUUUCACUGGUCAAUUCCCGCAGCUUGGAAUGGCUAAAAUAGUAAUAGUAGUGACUUUGGAACAGCUGAACAUUGCAAAAGCACAGGACAAGGUAAUAAAAAGGCCCAGCAUCCAUCUCCUUUUUAAUUAUAGCUUAUUAUUAUUAUUACCUCUAUCGGAGUUUUGCCUGGAGUAGAUGAAGAAGAGGAAUUAAAUGUUUUACUCACAGUCCCCAUCUCUACUGCUGCUUGUUUGUGUCAUUCACCAUCUCAGAAAACAGAAAACAAAUCCCAAGCAGAUUCCAAAGCUCCAGCCUGGCAAAGGGGUGGUCAGCUGGGACCUGUUCGUGGAAUUUGUGGGGCCACUCAAGUGCUUAAAACUCUGUCCUGAAAGAUGUUGCAGGAUCAGGGUCACAAACUAAGGUUGUGGUUUUUAACUUUGUUUUUGUUUUAAAUUAAUAAUCUGCACCAUUUCCCUGGCGUUCAAUCAUGCCUCUCCUGCUAGUUUUGGAAAUGCCAAGAUUCAGAAUAUUUACUUCUACCAGAAUAUUUAUCAAAAUCAGUGGAACCACUCAGUUGAGCGGGCUGCAGUUUCUGUGGUGUACAUGGAAAUUCCUGCCCCUCAUCUGUCAUUUUGAGCCUUUCCCAAGGCAAAAACCAAAGAUUAAACUUUGACAAGAUGUUAUUAUUCACCUUAAAUGUCUACUGUGCAAUUGAAACAUUCCUUCAUAUUCCAGAUGUUUCUAUUGGGAAUUUUGUACAGCUCUGCCAUUAGAUUUUUCACUAUUUGAAGCUGAAAAAGGGUGGUCAGGACAUGGGAAGUUCUGCUUUCCUUUUGUACUGGCUGGUUUUCAAAAUUUAUUUGGCUUCCCUUAAUUUUAUCUGUGGGCAAAAUAAAAAAUUCAAAUAGAGUUACCUGUGUUGUCCCAUAAAGGUAAAACAGCCCAGCAGGGGGGUGUCUUUAGUAACAAACAUCUGUUUCUUCCGUAAGCAGAACAGCUCAUGCUGCACUUUACACAUCAGCUAGGUAAGGAUUGAUAUUCCCAUUUCCAGCUUUCUAGAACAUUGAACAUAAGUGUCCUGCAUGGCCAGAGAAAUACCUGUGGUGUUUUUCAGUGACCAAUUCCUUUCUG